CGAAGUCCAAGCGAGAGGAAGCGACGCAAGGAGAGCGAGGGCUGUUUUACGCAAAACAAUCCUACUACUCCUCGGUUCCGACGCUUUUUCUUUCGUUUUAGGCUCACAAAAUGAUAGCAAACACUUUGGAAAGAGGUUAGUCUCAGCUCUGGUGCUGACGCGAUCACAAGCAGAAUCGUCCGUUCUGUCCCCGAACUUGUGGGAACAUUGCCGAAAAAGCACGUGUUUCAUAAACAUUGAUUGAACUGAUUCGAACCUGACUGGAAAGAGACAGCAAGUGGUCACGGGUUCGACAACUGGCCACGGCUACCACUACUAUCUGGAGAAAUCGGAGAGAUUGUUGCUUCUCAUCCCGAAUUUGGAGACUAGUUGUUCACUGGAGAUCCCUUCCCACACACUCCUUGCGAGUAUAAAAAAAAAACUUUUAAAGAGAUUAUCAAUCUGAACAUUCUUGUGCAAUCUCAAAACAUGAUCGAUAUCAGAGCUCGAAUCAUGGAGGUGGUCGAGCCCAAGCCUCUCAUCCUCCCCUCCAUGACCAUCAGCAACACAACCAAAACGCCCUAUUCAGAUGCCACACAGACGAAGAAGCAUCCGCCCAAUCACAUUAAACGCCCCAUGAAUGCAUUCAUGGUCUGGUCUCAGAUGGAGCGAAGGAAAAUUAUCGAGGUCACUCCAGACAAGCACAAUGCCGAGAUUUCCAAGGAGUUGGGCCGACGAUGGAAGCUCUUAACGGCCGAGGCCAGACAGCCUUUCAUCGAUGAAGCCGACAGAUUGAGACUCCUGCAUCAGAAAGAGUAUCCCGAUUACAAGUACAAGCCAAAGAAGAAGCCCAAAGGCCAGACUGAACACGGUCUUGGGCAGGUCAACGAGAAGUCAAGAAACCUCAAACGCAGGUACCGCAGACAGAGGAAAGAAGUGAAUGAAAAGUCAGCUAUCGAAUUCUUGACCCACGAGGGGGAUGACGCACCCUCCCCGCCCGCUCUGCCCUUGUCAGUGACCCAAUUGAACGCUCGGGUCCCCACCAGUCCCGGUUGUCCCAGCCCGGAAUCCGCCGAUGGGGGAUUCUACGAGAUGAGUCCCAAUGCCUCUCCUGGAGACCGCGGUCUCGCCACGCCACCCGUGCAAGCCAAUUUUGAUGAUCUAGUCGACCAAAGAACCACCAGCUGCACCUACAAUGAGGAAGAGCUCAAUGAACUGGGACUGAACUCGAUGGACACGGGACCGGCCAGUUUGACCAAGGCUGAGAUUUCGGUGGCCAUCGAUGACCUCGAACCAACCAUUUGGUCUGGCUUGUUUGACAUCGCGAUCGAACCCAUUCAACCAUCACCUUGCACCCUCCUUACACCCACCCAGUCUCCGGACCGUCGCGAGACUCAGCAUCAACAACAUCAGCCUCAACAAGUCAAUCCUCACCACCAACAGCCACAACAGCAAGGCCAAUCACUAUUGCAGCAAUCACUUCAUUGCGGAGGGGAUUUCUACCUGGAUGACGACGACACGUGUGUCAUGUUCCGGCACCUCACGGCCUCCCACAGUAACAACCUCAACUCCCAUCUUGGUGAACCUGAUAUUGACCUCAGCGACGUGGACUCGUCUUUGGCCUCCCUGAUCAAUUCUGAAUAGUGACGGGCACCGAAAGCACACCAUAACAUACACAUACACACAAUAUACCAGUUUCUGGUCAUGUUUCUUUUUCUAUGAAAACUAGAGUAGACAUUCAUAUUUUUAGUCCCUGUCUUUUUAGUUUUCUGCCCCUCUCUCGUGUUUAAAAAACACUUGCGAUGUGAAUACAAAGAUAAUUCAUACAUACCUUCGGCUUGCUUUAAGAAUCCAAUACCGUUCCCUUGAAUCAAAAUAUCGUAUUUUAUAUCAGCUUUAUAUCUUUUAUCACGCCUGCAUCAAAAAAAAGCACAGGCUCGAAAUUUGAACUGCUCAUAACACCACAACAACCAACAACCAACCAUGCACACACACUCACUCAAUUGAUGAAAUGUCAAUAUCCAAAAUGAACCCGGAACCUCUAAGUGUUUAAAGAUUUUAAAAGAAAACCACCUUGAACUGCAAUGAAUGAAGAAUAUCCACCUCAAUAACGAAGAUGAACUACCCUGUUGACACUUUCAGAUAAUUUUAUUGAUACAAUACCGAUGAGAUGAGCGUCAAAUUCAAGCUAUCGUUGUGUAGUAAUGCGUAGAAGAGAAGCUCAUGAUAUUAUUACUUACAGUACAUACCACAAAUCGAGUGUAAGUAAGUAAGGGUGAAUCACAUAUUCUUUUUCUAUAAAUAAUUAUCAAUAUUUUUCUCACACAUGUAAAACAGCCCCGAGUGAAAGCCCCUCCAGUCUUUUUGAUGAAAGCACAAUAUUAUUUUUUCGAGUCUAGUUUUUUGCCAUGUGUGUGAGAGUUCCUUUCUACCUGAAAAUGUUGCUUCAAUUAUUAUUAUCAUCAUCAUCAUCAUCAUCAUCAUAAACAACAUUGUCCUCAUUACUCUGAUUGGCAUUACUCUAAACCAGUUCAAAGAAAGACAAGCCACUUUAUUUUUUGCUACAAACUCGAAUCUGGCAUUAUGACCCCAUCCCAUCCCUACAUUCUCUAUGUCUAAGGUUUCUACCUGAUUGGACACACGUGAUUAUUGUUGGGUUUCAAAUCACUCUACACUCUCCGACAACACCAACUUUUACACCUCUUUAUAUUGAUACCAAUGCGAAGUUAUUUUGUUGAUGAUAUUAUUAUUAUACCACUAUUAUAACUGCUUAAGUUUCUUUGAAAUAUAUUUGUGGUUAUUUCUUA